UCUCUGUGAUUCUCUGAUUCUGACUGAAGACGAAAUUCUGGCGAAAAAAGGAAUUUUAUGGAAUGGAAAGUGAAAUUACAGGGGAAUAUUCUUCAAGCAUAUAAAAAUGUUCACUCGAUCCAGAUUGUUUUUCUCCAGGACCAUCCCAUUACGCAAUGUUUUUAACGUGGAUUACCUAAACAAUACAUAUAAUAAACCCCGGUUUUUAUACAGCAUAACGACUACAAGAAGUCGGUCUACUACUCCGCUGAAUACUAUUGUCAUGUUCGUUCCACAACAAGAGGCAUGGAUUGUGGAGCGUAUGGGUAAAUUUCACAGGAUUCUUGAACCAGGACUGAAUCUUUUGUGGCCAAUAGUAGAUAAGAUUAAGUAUGUACAGAGCUUGAAGGAAAUUGCUAUUGAUGUUCCGAAACAGAGUGCCAUCACAUCGGACAAUGUUACAUUGAGCAUUGAUGGAGUGCUGUAUCUUCGUAUUAUUGAUCCUUAUUUAGCCUCAUAUGGAGUUGAAGAUCCUGAGUUUGCUAUCACACAGCUGGCUCAAACUACUAUGCGUUCCGAACUUGGUCAAAUUUCACUGGACAAGGUAUUCAGGGAGAGAGAAUCUCUGAAUGUUGCCAUUGUUCAUGCCAUCAAUAAAGCUAGUGAGGCUUGGGGCAUCACUUGUCUGCGAUAUGAAAUUCGUGAUAUCAAACUGCCGACUCGUGUGCACGAGGCUAUGCAGAUGCAAGUGGAAGCUGAGCGGCGGAAAAGAGCAGCCAUCUUGGAGUCUGAGGGAGUGCGCGCGGCUGACAUUAACGUCGCCGAGGGCAAGCGGCAAGCUAGAAUAUUGGCAUCAGAGGCUGAAAAACAAGAACAGAUAAACAAGGCGUCUGGUGAGGCACAGGCUAUGCUUGCUGUUGCUGAAGCUCGUGCCAGGGGACUGAAGCUUAUUGGAGGUGCUCUGGCUCAACAGGAUAGCAAGCAUGCCGCCUCCUUGACGCUGGCUGAGCAGUAUGUGUCUGCAUUCAACAAACUAGCGAGAACCAAUAACACACUCAUUCUACCGGCGAAUGCAGGAGACGUGUCCAACUUAGUGGCUCAGGCAAUGUCAAUAUAUUCAACAGUGACAGCACACAACACACAAGCCAAAACACAGUCUGAAAUCUCGGAAAGUUAUGAGGAGCCUCUAGUCAAACUUAAUGCUAUAACAGAAAAGGGGUCUACCUUGGCUGGCCCAGCUAUCGCCAAUUAUGAUGACACCUUAGCAGAAUACUUCUCAGAUGAUGAAGAACGGGAAAAGGCAUUAAGGGGUCUUAAAGAGAAAAAAGACUUACACUCACAACCGCAAAGUAAACUAGAUAAACUAGAAAAAGAUACAUAGAAUUGUUAUUUAGUGCCAGUCUUCAUAUUAUAAACCUUUCAAACACCAGCAUACUGUCAAAAAAUUAUUCUUUAUUGUCUUCCAAAAAUAUGUUUCAUGGUUUUCUUAUAAAGUAACAUCGGCCAAUUGAAAUAAUAAAUAUAGUCUCUAGUUUUUAUGUGUUGAAGUUCUAUAAAUACAAUGCAUGUUUUUAAAAAAUAUAAUUUAUUUCUUAAGUUUAGAUAUGUGGUGUUAAAAAGGUUUCAAAAACCCAUUUACUCUGCAUUUCAAGAUGUUGCUGUGGAACUUUGUUGUGUACCUCUGUGCAUUAGGAACUAGUUCUGAAAGAAAACUAAAACAAUUGCAAUGAAAUGCAUUUAUUUUAAUACAUUGUACAGUACAGUCAGUUCCAGGCGUAACAAAAUGUUAAUGUACAGAUAUGCGAUAUUUUUAAAAUAAAUCAUAUCUCAUUAGUUGGUCAUCUUAAGUUAUUUAUUGUGAAAUAACUGAAGAAAAUAAAAAUAAACUAUUAAAAACAUAAAAAAAUAAAUCUUUUCAACUCAUGUUUUGAUUUUCCAUAAUUCCUUUACACUUUUUAUUUUCGACUAGCCGCAAAUUCGAUAUCAGUUUCUAUAAGCUACACUACACUACAACAAAGUUAUAAAAAAAUACAAAACGUUACUAUUCCGUUGCUUUUAGCAUAACUAAAGUAAUAAUUAUUUAGUAAAUUAUAAAUAACAAUCAGUUUACUGUUUUGGACUGCCUCGUUGGCCGAGU